GCUUCACGGUCCAGGUCGAUACUGAACCGACUAUUCAAACAGAAUUGAUCUGCACACGUAAUAACCCUGCAACUUUGUGGAUAAACAUACAUGACUGUUACUCACUAGAGCUGGGUCAGGUUGUAAUGAACAGGGUGUAAAACUGGACUAUAAAUAGCAACUGUAUACAGCUAGUGCAUAUAAACAUAGCUGCAGUUGAGUGUCGCACGUGCGCCCUAGUCUUCCGCACGUGCCCCUUCUGAAAAGUACAGAGACUCUCGACAAACUCUGUGUUUAAGCUUCGCCUGUCUGGAAGUGGAUGAUGAUGUACUGUUUGAGGACAUUUGGGAGGAUUAAUGUCGGAAUGGCGGAGUUUCUUGUGGAAAAUGGUGCUAAAAAUGGCGCACUGGGCUUGUACUGCGAGAGCGCGCGACGAGUCUCGCGACAGAGGCGGUGUUUCAGUAAUGGUUCCUCACAGCUUUACCUCAGCAAAGCAACUACUGAACACCCAUUAACAGAGGGAGGUAGAGCAGGUGAAGGUCUCUUUUCAGGACUGGAGGAUUUGCUGUUCCACACUAUAACUGAUGGGCAGGACCGGAUCCCCAUCUCUCAUUUCAUCAAUGCUGUUAAAAGAACAGGUCUGCUGACAUCCGACCCCCGUCUGCGGGACUGUAUGGACAAACUGCGGCAAACUGUCCGAGAAUCCAACGGUGAUGUCAUGAUGGAUCACAAACUGUUUCGAAGGUGUGUCGGUGGAAACAUUGUCCUGCUCUCCCAAGCGUUCCGAAAGAAAUUUAUAAUUCCAGAGUUUGAGGCAUUUGUUGGUGUCAUAAAUCAGAUCUAUAACAGAGCUAAACAGCAACACGAAGGUCAAGUGGCAGACUACAUUCCACAUCUUGCCAAGUUCAGUCCCAGUCUUUGGGGGAUCUCACUGUGCACAGUGGACGGUCAGAGGCACUCAACAGGUGACACCAAGGUGCCAUUUUGUCUGCAGUCGUGUGUGAAGCCACUGGAAUACGCCAUUGCUGUACACGAGCACGGAACUGAACACGUCCACCAUUUUGUAGGGAAAGAGCCCAGUGGGCUAAAGUUCAACAUGCUUUACCUUGAUGAUGACGAUAAACCUCACAAUCCCAUGGUGAAUGCAGGGGCAAUCGUCAUCAGCUCUCUUAUCAAGCCUGGGGCCAACAAAGCAGAGAAAUUUGACUAUAUGAUGGACUUUGUGAAGAAAAUGGCAGGCAAGGAAUAUGUAGGCUUCAGUAAUGCCACGUUUCAGUCAGAAAAGGAGACCGGAGACAGAAACUUUGCAAUAGGCUACUACCUGAAAGAGAAAAAGUGUUUUCCUCCUGGGGUAGAUAUGAUUGACGCUCUAGACUUCUACUUCCAGCUGUGUUCUAUUGAGGUGACAUGUGAGUCAGGCAGCGUGGUGGCGGCCACACUGGCCAAUGGAGGAAUCUGUCCCAUCACGGGCGAGCAAGUGCUGAGCUCGGAGUCUGUGAGGAACACGCUCAGCCUCAUGCACUCAUGCGGCAUGUAUGACUACUCUGGGCACUUCGCCUUUCAUGUGGGAUUGCCUGCUAAGUCAGGGGUGUCUGGAGCUGUGCUCUUAGUGGUGCCUAAUGUGAUGGGGGUCAUGUGCUGGUCACCACCGGUGGACAGGUUGGGAAACAGUGUAAGAGGCAUCAACUUCUGUCAGGAACUGGUGUCCCACUUCAACUUCCAUAAUUACGACAAUCUGAAACACUUUGUAAAGAAACAGGAUCCACGUCGACAGUCCGGUGAUGAAAGGAACAAGUCUGUGGUGAACCUGAUGUUUGCAGCUCAUAGUGGAGAUGUUUCGGCCCUCAGGAGGUUUGCACUGUCUUCUAUGGACUUGGACCAGAAGGACUAUGACUAUCGUACAGCGCUUCAUGUUGCUGCUGCAGAAGGUCAUGUGGAAGUUGUGCGGUUUUUAACACGUACAUGCAAAGUGAACCCUUUUGUGAAGGACAGGUGGGGAAACAUUCCUCUUGAUGAUGCGCUGCAGUCCGGUCAUUACAACGUCGUGACGAUUCUGCAGGAAUAUCAGCAGGCCUGUGAGGUUUUUGCAGAAAAAGACCCCCAAAAAAUUGGCUCUGUUGUAGGGCAGUGAAUGACUGCUUUGGAUUCUGGUGUUAAAAACUGUUAUUAUACAAUCCCCUCUAAAACUAUUGGAACGGCAAGGCCAGUUCAUUUGUUUUGUGCUAUACACCAAAGACAUCGGAUAUGAGACGAGAGUUUAGGAUUUCAGCUUCUAUUUCCUGGUAUUUACAUCUAGAUGCGUUAAACAACAUAGAACAUAGCACAUUUUGUAUCAGACCAACCCGAUUUUUAGGUGAGCAGUACAGGAACAGAUAAGUCUUGAAGUAAAUUAAAGUAAACACUUAAUAUUUGGUCGCAUAUCCAUUACUUGCGAUAACGGCAUCAAGGCUGCGAUUCAUUGAAAGAAAUUUGAUCUUUUUUUAAAAAAAACUUAACUGACCUUGCUGUUCCAAUAGUUUCAGAGGGGACUGUACUUUAUAUACGAGACAUUUAAGUUUACAUUAAAACGUAGAGACAUUCAUCUCGCGUAACAGAUCAGAAAAGGUAACACAUCUCUUACCUUCUCUUUUUUUAUAUAUAUAUAUAUAUAUAUUUAAAAUUGACACCAUUGAACUGAAGUCACAGAUUGUGCGUUUAAUCCACUGCUACUGCUUUGAUCGAUGGUAAUCGAUUGUUGUCAACUCUGAUUAGUUGUAAACAGCAUGUAUGCAAACAUACCUCUGACCCAGACAAAUGCUAGGUGAAUACUGCAGUAAGGAAAUCUGUCAUAAUUAUUCCACUUAAUGUUAUCGUAUACCUCUUUAAGUGCUGCACAUCCCAUGAAAUGUACAUUUUAAAAGAAUAAACCUACUAGCUACAA